AUGUAUGACUACCAUUACAAUGUGAUGCGGCGGCACUAUAACGAUUCGAUUAGACUGUUGUAUAUGGAUACAGAUUCCCUGAUCUAUCGAAUUCAUACGGAGGAUUUCUACAAGGACCUGCUGGACAACCCCGCGCUCCUCGAGCGGAUGGACACCUCGAAUCUCCCCGUUACACACCCCUGCUACGUUGGUACGCGUAAGAAGAUCCCAGGAUUGUUUAAGGACGAGACGGCCUCCAGGACUAUGUUCGAGUUCAUUGCACUCCGAGCGAAAUCUUACGCGUACAAAAUCGAGGGGGAUGAAAAACUCGUGGCUAAGGGGAUUCGAGGGCAUGUGGUCCGAAAUCAUAUGACGUUCGAGGACCACAAGCGCUGUCUAUUCGAGGUCGACGGCGGCGGUGACGACGACGAGGACGAUAACGCUGUAGAUGGUACCGAGAGUGAGGAGGUGGGUGACGACGACGACGACGACGACUACAUGGAGGACGACUUUGACGAUGACGUAACGCUUGAGGAUGAGGAGCUGAAACGGCGUGCGCGUCUAAUGGCCCGAUCGGUCAUCAGCACGAUCCAUGGGAAUGCCGCCGCCGCUACCGCCGCCGCCAUUGCUGGUGUGGAAUUCACCGCAACGCCACUUCCUCCGUACACACCGUACACACCGUAUAGGCAAAACGUAUCGAUCCGAUCGUUCGAGCACCGCCUCAAAACGAUUAAGACCAUGAAAAUGACCCUUAAUCGUUUUGACGAUAAACGUGUGGUCGACAACGAUCGGAUACGUACGCGCGCUUAUGGUCAUUACGCGCUACGUGUGUAA